UCGACUACACAGACCAAAUCAGGAUCGAAACAUCAUUCAUCACAAAUGUACUCAUUUUUCUCUCAAAAUCCUCUUAAAUUACAUUGCCAUGGUAAUGGUAGUAUUUUGUACACAGUCACAAAUUUAAUACAAAAGACUUGCUUCUCUCAAAUAUCUUUUCUCUUCAACCAAAUAAAGUAAAUAAUUCCAUAUCCUAUCAUUCUUAUCGAACAUAAGGAUGUGCAAAGACACUUGCAAAUGCACAUAUGAAUGUGCCAACAUCAAGAAGAAUAAACAAACCAAUGAGGCAUUCAUAAAAAUAUGUGGGAGCCUUUUUUUCCAUUACAUAUAUCAGCUUGUGUUGAUCAUAAACCAAGACUUGAUGGUGAUCAUAAACUAAGGAGGCAUUUCAUAUGAAUGUGCAAAGACACCAAAUGCACAUAUUCUCUUUUUAUCUGUCUCACCAUUAUAUAUAUAUAUAUAUAUAUAUGAAGAGUGCUAAAGUCAACAAAUUAGCAGUCUUCAUGAGUUAUUGUUCAGAGUCUUGUUGCUGGGACCAGUUCUCAUCUCAGGAACAUCUUUCCUGGCCAGGCCAAAUAUGGGAGAGAGGUUACGCUUGGCAGUAGGAGUCAUGGGGAAUGCUGCUUCUUUGUUACUCUAUACGGCUCCCAUAUUAACUUUUUCAAGAGUCAUAAGGAAGAAAAGCACGGAGGGGUAUUCUUGUGUUCCUUGUGUUAUUGCACUAUUAAACUGCCUUCUCUAUAAUUGGUAUGGAUUGCCAGUUGUAAGCAAGAGGUGGGAAAACUUUCCUGUAAUUUCCAUCAAUGGCCUAGGGAUCCUUCUCGAACUCUCCUUCAUAGUCAUAUACUUAUGGUUCGCUUCAGCUAGAGGAAAGAUGAAGGUAGCUGUGACAGUGACACCUGUUAUCAUAGUCUAUCAUCGAAAGCUAUUUGUUCGGAGUGUAGGACUAGUAGCUUCUGUAGCAAUGUACGGUUCUCCACUGGUGGUAGUGAAGCAAGUCAUACUUACAAGGAGCGUGGAGUUCAUGCCGUUCUACUUAUCUUUUUUCUCAUUCCUUGCUAGUUCACUUUGGAUGGCUUAUGGACUACUGAGUCAUGAUCUGUUUCUCGCAGCCCCAAAUCUGGUUGGUAGUCCUUUAGGUAUCCUUCAACUCAUGCUCUACUGCAAGUACAGGAAACGAGGAAUUAUGGAAGAACCUAACAAAUGGGAUUUGGAAAAGAAUGAUGAGAGAUCCAAACAGCUUCAGCUUACAAUUGAUGAGGAAAAAUUUGGAAAAACCAACUGUGAUCUUAUUAGGUUCAAAACAUGCAUCAAUGCAUGCAUGCAUAUGAGCAUACUUAUGUAUCUAAAGGCAUGCACAUAUAUAUUUUGCCAUUUCAGCAAUGUUUUGUGUCAUUCCAAGGGGUUGGUUUGUGACUGGCAGUACUUAAUUUCACAAAGCAAUAAAUUUCAAUGAACCUGGAAAGAGGAGAAACAGCCUCAGCUCUAGAAGGGAAUCUUUGUUGUAAUGCAAUUCUUACGAGACAUGAAGCAUGCUAAUUGAGCAAUGUCAUUAAAAUUAAAAAAAGAAUGAGGGAAGAAAAAGAAACAGCAUCUUGCACUGAGUGGCUCUGCUCAAUCUUAAGUGUAAAACAUAAAAUAAUGGCAUUACAUAAAUUCUUGAAAUUAAACUACGCAUGCAACAAAAACUAUCAAUUUAUUGUUUCGGUAACAAAUAAGCAGAAAGGGGAGAAAAUGCACUACUUGGAAAAUAAAACUCUAUAAAUUCCACGCCCAUCUUCUGUCUGUCCAAAUGCCUCUUUACCAACUCAAUCUAAUCACUUGUUUCUCCUACGAAACAAAACAAAUUGGAAAAAGAUAAUGUUUUUUCCGGCUUAUGUAUCUACUCAGCCACCUAAGCUCAGUAGAACCACCCUUUGUCAAUAAAGGAACCAAAAAGAAUCUUUUUAAUGAUUCAUUAGAGCAUUUAUAUAAGCUCUGGAUGGAUAACUUCCUUUCUCUUCCUCAAACUAAACUUUUGGAGUUACACUAUUCACCUAGGGAAAGGAGAAAAGUGGCAAAGAGUCAUUUCUUCCAUUUUGGGGGGGGGGGGG